AUGCCUGUGACAGAUAUGUGGUUUCUUGGAAGCGCACUGUACCGGAAGGUGAGCAAUGAACACAAAUUGGCUGAAGCUGUCGUCGGAUAUGAGACUGACUCCGGAACAGUGGACGUGGAAGGUGUUGUGGAAUACAAAUCGCUCCCCUCGGGUCUACACAAUGUGACGGAAGAUCUGGUCUACUUCGUCCACGAGCAGUAUGCUGGGAUCAGCGCGUUUCUCAACUACCCCGCCGCGGAAGCCGAGCGCAAUGCGAAGAUGUUCGCGAUCGGGGUCCUCGUUCCUCUGAGCACUGGCAGACUCGGAAAGAGCUGGCGCCAUGCUCCUAAGUUGAAGGAGUUGACACAGAAAUACGCCGAGGACAUGUCGAACAUGGAACCUCUCACGAAAUACUGGGACGCAUACCGAAUAGGAGGAACCGAGUCAUCUGCCCCCGAAUCCCCAAUUGACUCGCCAUUGAGUCUCCGAUUCCGACCCGGCGAGCGACUGGAUUCAAACCGCACCCGUGCCUUCAGCGAUGCACUCGUUCUGGACAACUUCAGGCCGGCCCUGACCCCAUUCCACCCCGCAUCAUCGCUCCCCGACUUCCUCGAUUCCUUCGGACCCCUAGUCUUCCCCUUGUAUAGAGCGGCUCUGCUGCGCAAGCGGAUUCUAUUCAUGGGCGAGGUCCCCGUGCACACACCCUGCAACUACGUAUAUGACCUCUCCCUCCUAGCAUCCCUACCGAACUCUCUCCUCCACCUCCUCCCCGCAGAUCGCACCCCGCCCCUGCGCCCACGCCCUCUCUUCAACGUUGGCAUUCACGACAUCCCAUACCUCUCAUCAUUCGACCCCUCCCGGAACAUGCACGACCCAGAAACAGAUCCAAGCUGGAUUGCCUGCUCCACAGACACAGUGUUAACCAUGAAACCCGACCUCUUCGACAUCCUCAUCACCCUCCCACCACCCCACACCAAACAAGCAGAAGAGCGAGCCUUCCCCAAACUCUCCCUCAUCAACCACACAAACCCCCAACACCACCUACCCCUCCAAGCAACGCAGCGCGACGCCCGUCGCCACGCAAUGCUCCGCCGCGGUCUCCGCACCACAGACUCAGACACCGACUCAACGUACUCGUCCAGUCCCGUCGUCGAGCCAGUCUCCUGGACCCGUCUCGCCUACACAUCAUUCAUGUGGUGGGCAUCAGCAGGCGAGAACCGCGACGGUCUAACUGAGGAAGAAGAAGAAGCCCAACUAGAGCAAGACUCGCGCCUGCUGGCCAGCGUCGAGAACCUGUCUUUGGAAAGCGACCAGCCGCCCGAAGUAGCUAUGGUGGCAUACUUCCGUCGAAUGACGGCUCAGAUAUUCGGUACUUUGGCAGGUGUUAUUGCGCGCAAUGAUGAAGACAGUUAUAAUGAGCCGUAUGCUGAUGAUGAUGAUGAGCCGGUUUCCCGGUCUCGGUCUAUUGGAGAUGAGUCGCCUUUAUUGCGGCAGCGGUCUGGGACCAGCUCGCAGCGCGAUUCGUUGCGCGAGAGUGGUUGUGAGGUCGUUAAGGUUUCUGUGGCGGAUAUGGCGGAGAUGGGGCUUGAUGUGUGGAGUGUGACUGAUCGGGUGUUUGUGGAGGAGUUGAUUGGGCUUUGGUGGGGGAGAGAGGCGAGGGUUGAUUGUGCGAGGAUUAGAUGCUGUGGGAUAUCAGUGCUGUAA